GUAACGAGCGAACGAGUGAAAAGGAACACAAAGAAAGAAAGACGAACCCCUUCUCCAGGACUCCUCAAUCACAUCAAUCUCAACCAAUGUCAACGAACAUAACCUGGCAUCCGGGGCUCACCCGCACUGAGCGCGAAUCCCUUCGGCGUCAGAAAGGAUUCACAAUCUGGCUUACGGGCCUAAGCGCAUCCGGAAAGAGCACGAUAGCAACUGCUCUGGAACAACACUUGCUCCACAACAACAUUUCUGCGUACAGGCUCGAUGGGGACAACGUUCGAUUCGGUCUGAACAAAGAUCUGGGGUUCUCAGAAAAGGACCGGAACGAGAAUAUUAGGAGAAUAGCUGAGGUGUCCAAGCUAUUCGCAGACUCCUCUACAAUAGCAAUAACAUCCUUUAUCUCACCUUACAUCGCGGACCGAACCGCAGCAAGGGAGUUACACGGUGAGAUCCCCUUUGUCGAAGUACACGUCGACAUACCAGUGUCCGUGGCCGAGCAGCGCGAUCCCAAGGGCCUCUACAAGAAGGCCAGGGCCGGAGAGAUCAAGGAUUUCACGGGGAUCUCUGCCCCGUACGAGGCACCCGAGAAGCCCGAGAUCAGAGUGCAGACGGAUAAGGUAUCGGUUGAGGAGGCGGUCAAGGUUAUUGUUGAUUAUCUGCAAGAGAAGGGGUUGGUGAAGCUGGGAGCGUAAAUUAGAAAUGCACGGUAUGAUACGAGUGCUGUAUAUCCCAUGAUUACUCGUAGAAGACAAUACAAUCCAAUCCAUCCA